AUGGCCUCCCCCGUUUUCGCAUGCGCUGGCGGCAAUGGAGCCGACAGAACCCAGGAGCUGGCGAAGCUGAUGCGAUUGGAAAUCUACAGGCACCUCCUCGUGCACCCGCCCCUGACGCGCAACCUCCUCGGCGCGCACUCGUCGCGGCUGCUGCACACGGCCAUCCUGGCGGCCUGCCGUCAGACGCACGCCGAGGCGGUCGGCAUGCUGUACGGGGAGAACACCUUUCUCGCGCACCAGACGAUGCUCACGUCGUUCCCCCGGCUCCGCGUGGGGUAUCCGCCGGUCAGGGAGGCGGCGGCGGCGGCGCGCAUACGGCGGUACCACAUGCGCGUGCGGCUCGACUGCGACGCGGCCUACGACAGGGAGGCUCUGGCGCGGGCGUUUGCGGGCGUCGACGAGCUGACGCUCGAGGUGUGGCAGGCUGCCUUCCUCGGCGCGGAUCACGGCGUGCUCACGUUGUUUGAGGGCGUCCGGGGCGUCGGGCGCGUGAGGAUCUACGGCAGCACGACGGGGUUUGAGGACUAUGUUCAGUGGCUUCGUCGUGUCAUGGAGAGCCACGACACACACGGGUGCUUGGCGUGA